GCGGCCUGAGGCGCGGCGGGCUCAGCGCCGGGAGCGGCGGGGCGGGAGGCCGGGAGCCGACAGAUUGAAAACUGAGAAUGGCAGGAGAACAGAAACCGUCCUGCAAUCUUCUAGAGCAGUUUAUUUUACUGGCCAAAGGUACAAGUGGCUCAGCUCUGACUGCUCUUAUAAAUCAAGUGCUGGAGGCUCCUGGGGUUUAUGUCUUUGGAGAGCUGUUGAAGUUAACAAACGUGCAGGAGCUUGCUGAAGGGUCCAAUGCUGCUUAUUUCCAGCUGCUGAACCUGUUUGCAUACGGAACAUACCGAGACUAUGUAGCAAACAAAGACAACCUGCCUGAAUUAACAGUGACUCAGAAGAACAAGCUGAAGCACUUGACGAUCGUAAGCCUGGCGUCCAGAAUGAAGUGCAUUCCCUAUUCUGUGUUGCUGAAGGAUCUGGAUAUGAGGAAUCUGAGGGAGCUGGAAGAUCUGAUUAUUGAAGCGGUUUAUACAGAUAUUAUCCAGGGGAAGUUGGAUCAACGAAACCAGGUGUUAGAGGUGGAUUUUUGUAUUGGUAGAGACAUUCAGAAGAAGGACAUCAGUAACAUUGUCAAAACACUCCAGGAAUGGUGCGAUGGUUGUGAGGCAGUUCUUUUAGGAAUUGAGCAGCAAGUACUUAGAGCCAACCAGUACAAAGAGAACCAUCACAGAACUCAGCAGCAGGUAGAGAUGGAGGUCACAAACAUAAAGAAAACAUUAAAAGCUACAGCCUCGUCGUCGGCACAGGAGAUGGAACAGCAGCUGGUAGAGCGAGAGUGCCCUCCACACACAGAACAAAGGCAGCCCACAAAGAAGAUGUCCAAAGUCAAAGGGCUGGUCUCCAGCCGCCACUAGAAUGUACCAUCUAAAUUGUCAUUCAGUUAGGAAUGACAACAGGAGGAGCAAAAAGGGCCUGCAACUCCUUUUCGGUGGGUUCUGGGCCAGUCCCUUCCAGGCUGGCAGAUAAAAGCCCUGUUGAAUACAGCUCCCAGUUAGCAGCACCUGGCUAAGUUACACUGUGCUGCCCCUAUGAAGUUUCAGGGUGUCCCUGUUCUGGUCUUCUGAAGAGGGACUUUUAAAGAAAGGGACUAACCAAAAGGGGCAGGAAAAAACCAAAAUAUCUGUGGACAGUUUUGCUCCCUCCCAGCUAGUUUUAUUGCUGCUUAACCUUGAGGAAGCUGCUGUACUAAACAGAUCUUGGGAGAGCUUCUAUAGCAUCCCAGGGUUGAAGUGUGGCUACCAAAGCCAGGCUGGGAGUGAGGAAGCCAUCAACACAGAUCUUUUCAUUCCCAAAGGGAGUGCAGGAAGGUUUCUAGGCCAGGAACUGCUUUACAUGGUAGUCUUCAGCCUUUCUGCUACCCCUGUCUAUUUUAAACUGGGGUGAAAUUCACACUACCUCGCUCUGAAGGUGAGAUCCAGUGCUGGGCUGUUUACUUAACUGUCUGUUUACUGCCCUUACUAAGCUCUUUUAUCUCUCCCAGAUUUAAAGCACUGUUCUGCAUCUCUGAGGCAUCAAUACAAUAAGGAGGAAGCAGGCUGCUCUUUCACGCCUUCCUUCUUGCAGGUGGUCAGGGUCAUGCUAGAAACUGUUCCUCCUGAAUGUGAUGUGACCUCCCAGAGCUGCUUGUGAGUUGUUUCCCCCAUUGAUAUCUUCGGAGAGUAAUGAAUUCGCUCUUCCUUGGAUGCUGGCGACAGUGGUCUGCACGGGAGAGGAGCCUGUUUGGCAUCAAGGCAGGCUGGUGGCCCAGGACCCACUGGCAGGGGUCGCAGCAGCAUCCCCUUGCUGAAGCAAUGGACUUGACUAGUUUUUCUGAAUUUUGAACACUUUCAGGUUGUAUUUUCUUCCCUUGUUUUUGUACAUUGUUGUGAUUCUAAAGCAUUUCAGCCUUUGUUUUGUGGGGUUUUUUAUUUGUUACAGGCUAAUUUCAGGUGAUUUGCACCUAGUUUGUCAAGGUGUGGGGUUGUUUUUUUUUUAAGGGGGAAGCAUUGGAACAGCAAUUCAUGAAACAGCACAUUUUAGAAAAAAAAUUAAAAAUGCUGAUUUAAUGUCAGAGUCUGGAGUCUUGACUUUGAGGCUGCUUUAGGCUUGUAGUCCAGUGGCACUUGUUCACUUGAGAAUUUACUUGUUUCUUGGUGUAUGUUAUCCAAAGGUCUGACUGAGCUCCCUCAUUCAUAUGGGAGGCAGGGAAGCGCUCUUCACGUUUUGUCAGUAGUUCACCUUUGUCUAAUUUUGUGCAGAAGGAUCUGUGGCAAAGCUGGUAGCUGAGCCCAGUGUCCUGAGCCUAAACAGCUUUGGCUGAUUGUGGAAGGUUUGUAGCUGUACUCUGUCUUAGGCCAAUUGAUUCCUCCCUUUGGGUCUAGCAGAGUGUACUUUGUAGUUUGGCCCCUGCAUUUCACUUCUGUAAAGGGAAGAGCUUCCCGUGAGCGGGCAGGGGAGCUGUUGAAGCAGAGGACUGUGACAAUCCUCCAGUCCUGCAGCCAACUGUCACCUGCGCUUGCUUGUGCAGUGCACGUGCCUUCCUCUUAUUGCUACCAGGACUCUUUGCCAUCUGCAUGUUUGCAGUCCUCAGUCAUGGGACUUGUUCACUUUUGAAAGUAAAUCCUUCUCCUUUUCUUCUCCUGCAGAGCAGGCACACCAGCUUGUAAUCUGGAGAGGUAGAUCUAAAUAACCCCUCUCCAGCUUCCUCUGGGUCAAGUCGCAGAGGCUUCUGAUUCUGAUCAAACUUCUGAUUCUUUACCAGCUCUCUGUCCCCCUAGAAAUGCAAGCCAAAAUAUUCCCAGGGAAGGAUGUUAAGUGAGUAAGUCCAGAGCACGAAGCCUUCCCCUGUACCUCAGGGGAGCUGUUCCCCAAGCAGUGGCAGUACUAGUUCCUAUUCCAGCUUCUCCCAGUGUUUAGCUGACAGCUUCUGAGAGGUGCAGGUGGACUUUGUGUCCCCAAAUCUGUGUGAUAGAGAUGGAUUGGGUCUGUUUCUGGCUUGCUGUGUGGACAGCUGCAGCAUACUGGUUGUCCAGUUCCUCACUGAAUUUGACUGGUGAGAGUAGGCUCUGUUUUCUUUCCUUCCUGUUUUUAAUAUCAGUCCUGUAAAGAGGCAGGAGGAAUACAAAUGCCUUUGGGCAUUGUUUUUAGUUCCUCAGCAAGCCACAGUCUGCUGGGGAAAUAGAUGUGAGUUUGGCACCCUUGGUGUUUGUUCCCUGCCAGUUACAGGAGUCACAUUAGUUUGCUGGAGCUUCUUUAGUGUGUUGGAAGUUUUCGAGUUUGUUCUUACGUUUUUGCUGUUCUCAAAGCCUGGCUGGGGGUGAGGAUCUUAUUCAUGCUUCGGUACACAUUGCCUUUGAUCAACAAAGAAGCAAGGGAGGAAAUAGCACUUUGAAUAAAGAGCUGUCCCAUGUUUGAUGGUGACAGAGGACGGAGAAGGGACUGGGGUAUUGGAGGGAAUGGAGCUGUUUGCGUGUUUGGCUUUCCUGGUGUGCCAGCGACGGGCUUGGUGCCGCAAAAGGAGGGGGGUGUCUGCGAUGAGCCCAGGCUGAGAUGAGUCAUUAACAAAUGACAUGCACAGAGUACCUGGGGGAGGCAAACAGCUCUGCAGCAGCUGGUUAAUGAAUCUGGCUUGAAGGAAAGAGUUAGAAGCUAUUCCGGGAAUGAAGCAGAAGGCAGAGUUGUUAACAGGGAAGGAUGCAGGAGGUGCUGUGCUGUUUGAGAAGGACAACAGAUAAAGAUUCUGUUGGCUCCCUGUGACUACAGAAAGGGCAGCAACUCAGAGCAGAGUUGCAUGAAUUAGGGGCUGGUGGGGACUGGAUUGUGAACAGUUUUGAGAGGGGAGUGCCCGGGGAGCUUAACUGUGCUAUGGGAAUGAGAGGGAGGUGGGAGCAGAGGCAGUUUUGAUGUAAACUCCCAUGUAUUGCAUGUGCCUGCUGGAGGCAGCUAAGGCAGCUUGUCUGAGCACUGCUGGACUCUGCUGGACACUGCUCCCUGGCACGGGGAGAGUGUCCUGCCCUGCUUUGGUUUAUGGCAGCAAAGAGCUGCUCCAGCCGCAGCUCACUCCAAGAUUGCAGCAGGGCAGACUUUGAGCUAUUGAACUUCUGUUUGCCUCUUCCACCCGGAGGGAGACAAAGUGGAUGGAGCUGCCUUCCCUCUGCUCUUCAGGGCUUUAUUGUCUAGCUUUGUGUUCUGCUGCUCCACUUGUACUACUGCUUGUUUAAUAUGGAAUUGAGCACUGAGCUGGAAAAUGGAAGAGAGGAUCUCAGCUGAUUGCAGUGCUGGUAGGCUGCCCUAGCCCUAAAGCUGUGCCUCAUGCUAACAAAUGUCCCUGGCAUUCCUGCUGUGACUCGGUUGAUACCAGCUAACAUCAGGCAAUUCUGGAAUAUGAUAAAGCAAUGCUGAUGUCCAUCUUUUACAGAAGAAAAAAAGUUUUGGCUCAAAAUCUGUUUGUCUUUUACUUCCCUCCUCACCUUCUUAGAUAAGUUGAAUGCCAGGUUAGUCUUGUGUUGAGAGCAGGAGGGAAAGUCAGUGAUGCUGACAGACCCUUCUGUGUUCAAAUUUGUUCAGACCAGUCCUGCAAUUGGUCUUGUACAGAUUUCUGAAAUCCAGUGGGUGCUUUUGGAGCUGCACUCAGGCUAGCAGAUCUCUCUCCAUGGAUCGUGUACAGGAGCUUCAGAGCUGCUCUCCAGAGUGAAGCUGGGGAAAGCAAAGCUUUUGUUCCUAUAGAGGCAGUGGUAGAAAGAGUUGGCCAUUCUCCCACCAGUCCUGCAAAGCGAAUUUUGCUGAACAGCUUUCAGUUCCUGUAAGAAUGGAAAAUGAUACAGACCUCAGAGGGUGGCUUUGGUUUUAGUGUUCUUAUCCUAUGAGGGUGAAAUGCUUUGCUUCAUGUGUGUGAAGCAGACUUGGGCUUACUCAUUGCAGAGGAGACAGAAGGAAGAGUGCCCUUAGCUUUGAUAGCUGUGUUGGAACGUAACAAAUCACAUGGGUAACCCAGACUUUUCCUAAACUUUCAGUUCUCUACAGAUUUAUGUGAGUACAGCUAAGCUGGAAACCACACAAAGCCACCCCUGCAGGGUAAAACAGUCCAAGCUUGUGUGUUUGUAGGGCUGCUGUGCUGGGGUUUGUUACUUCAGCAUCUGAGCCAAUUGCAAACUACAAUGGAGAGAAACAACCUUGCUCUUUAUUAUUCUUAAAAAUGGGGAAAUGGAGAAAUUUAAGAACCUGCCCAACAAAUAUAUAGGCCUUGCUAGCAAGAUGUUGGGCACUUAGUCCCAAACAAAGUCUCUUGUUUUUUUUCCACCCCACUAAUUCCUCUGUAGCAUCUGACCUAAUGCAAGGGAACCACAACCUGAAUCUACGUAGCAUAUUUUUGUAUAAUCUAAGAGAGAGAGUAACCCAGGGGCAGCAAGGAAAGUAAAUUAAAGUUUAGAGUGAUUUCAGUUCCUACUUGUAACCUCAACCUUGUAUUCCUAAUACAGAGUUUUAGCCUGACAGUCUGAUUGAAUUUCUCAGCAGAGUUUUUAGAAAUAUGUCAUUGUUUCACUCUGCUCCGUGACGAAGGUCCGUGUCUCUCAGGGACUGUUGACAUUUUGCUGAUAUUUCAUCAAGUUUGGCCCUACCACAGAGCUACCAGAGCUGUUAGAGAGCACCAGCUCCUUCAGGAUCACCUGCCAGCUGUGAUGCUGUACCUUUUACAUCACGACUGUGAGAUGACACCUCUCCUUGCUGGCAGACAAGCCAGGUGGGUAGGCAUUGCUCCUCAGAGCUGUUCUGCACCUCGGGAGGUGCAGGCCAUUGCCUGGUUUAGCAUAAAGGAAGUCAAGGACAAGGACAGCGUUAUAAAUAAGGGGCAAAGCGCAGAGCUGUGUCCUGUUCCAGCUUUGCUGCAGUUGCAGAGAGCAACCUUGGGCAGAUCAGCUCCUCUGCAACUGCGUUUCCCAGGACAGCCUUGCUCCUGUGUGCUGACUGUGACAGGGGUUUGUGAAGGGCUUUGGUCUCCUGGCUGGGCAGAGGUUCAUUGCUGAUGGAAUUGAUGCAUACAUGCAGUAGGGGGGAAAUCUUAAGCUUUUCCAGAAGUCAUCUUCCUCCUCUGUAGCAUAUCCUUCUUUUCUCCUGAUGCAGAUAAGGUGGUCCAUUGUGGGAAUAUCAGCCCGGAGUAUUAUGGGUAAUAUUCCAGGUUAAUUAUGGAGGGGGCAGGAAAAAUAGCCUGUGCCGUUUUCAACAAUAUCAAAGGGAUGCUACCUAAUGAUUUUCCUAUUAGCUCUUUUCCCAGCCUGCCAGAGUCGCUGCAGAAGUGUCAUUUACAAAGGCAGUUUGCAACUCAUUACCCUGGAUUUUCACUGUAGUUCUGCUCCAGAGAGCGUGGGCUUUUGCUGCGUGCCCCAAACCUAAUGAAUUGCCUGAUUCGGUUAGUGCUGCCAUCCCUUCUGACAAGGUUAGUUGCUGACUGACAGGAAGGGGCCUGAAUUCAAUUCCCUUCUUGUUUUCGACUCACGCUUGUGUCAAGCGCAGGCUCCCUCUGGGAGCUGCCCUGUGAUCCCUUCCCUUUGUUUUUCUGCAUUCUGAGGGAAGCAGCCCAUGCUUGGAGAAGUCCUGCAGCAAGUGGCAGGGGCGUGUGUGCUGCUGCCCCUGGCAGUCCCUGCUCAAUGCCUCAAGUCCCUUUCCAGCUGGAAAAUUCCUUUGCUCUCCUGCUCUGGGGCUCUGGGCUUUUCUUUUUCUUCAUUGCUUUGGGAUUUGCUGUCACCUGAGCUGGGCUUUGUAACUCUUCAGCCAAAAAAUACCUUGGAAAAGUUGCAAUGUGGGCUGGGGGAAGAGAACUGCUUUCCCACACAUUAGAGGGCAACUGUGUCCCUGUUGUGGGAGCUUCAAGGUCUGCUCCAGCCUGUUUGAGCUUUGCCAGGCACUUGUAUAACAGUGCCGGAGAAAGCUCUUUGUCCUUUUUCACUAGAGAGCAGUGUGCUUUUUCAGGCUGGAGGCCUAUGGCUCAAAUCCUGCUAGGAAUAGCUCCUGAGAGGAGAAAUCAAGGCUGUUCUUAUGUCAUGUCACAAGUGCUACCACUUGGAAGCUGAAUGUGGCUACUGCUCAUUCAGCUGGUGGUGCAGGAAACAUGCAGGUGCUGAGAGUGCCAGUUUGAGCUGAGUGUGGACAGCGGAGCCUGGGACUCCUGCCCCCCUCACUUCCAGGUCUGUGGACACACACCUGCUAAAUGCUGUUCUCUGAGCCUGCAGUUGAGAUGUCAGAUGCCACCCCCUGAGGCUGCAGCUUGCAUCCAGGACAUCUCUUAUUCAGUUACGCUGUCUCUGGGCUGGGCUGUGGCAGGGGAGUUUUUUAGUGCUGGCCCUCGAUCCUUUUACUGGAUGUCUUGAGGAUCUGACCAAGCUGGCCCACAGGGGAGGCAGUGAUGUUUCAGAGAUCAAUUUGUUUCUGCUGCAUGUGGUGCCUCCUCCUCCACUCUUAAUUAGAUUCCUGUGGGUCCCUCUUUCUUGCUGCCCUUAUUUGCUACUGAGUCCCUGUCAGGGAGACCCAGUUGUGGCCAUAUCAGCUGCUUGCUGUGCUCUAAGGAGCUGCUUCUGAUUCCUGUUCUGGCUUGUCCACCGAACUGAGGAAGGUGCCUGUCCUCUGCUGGCAGUGCCACUCUGCCUGUCAGACCCACCGGUCUGGCUGUGCCAUGGGGAGCCUGAGGUUGAGUGGAUCUAAGUUAUCCCAAGUGCUCUUUCACCCCCAAGUGCUGCCUUCUCUCUUGCACAUCAGCUCACACCCCCAUGUGGGCACAGUGUUCCCGUCCUGCAGGUGGGAAUCCACAUGCUGAGGGACAGGGAGACUUAUCCCUGGUCAGAGUGGAAGCAGCAAAGCGAGGAGCCAGGCUGUUAUCCCCUUGCUCUGCACCAGGAGCUCUCACUCUGAUCCCUCUCCUUCCGCCAAGCAACUGUCCUUUUGCUGUGCAGCUUUGUCCUUUUCCUUGGCCUUGCUCUUUACCAAUAGAUGGAAGGAACCCGUGCUGUGCUUUUUCCCUUGGACUAUGCUGCAGAGGAGAAAUGAGAAUCCAGACCGUACAUGACUCUGUGCUGUGAUCUCUGAUCUCCCCUGAGGUUCUGCUUCACUUAGGUGGUCAAACUGUGUGGAUUGAAUUCCUUGGACUGGGUCCCCCCCACCAUGUUGAGGAGAGCCCCUCUGUCACCAGGGAGGUGAUUUUAUUCCAGCUCUGACUUGCAGCAAAAAGCCAGAACUGGAAGGGGAAUUGUCCACACCUUGGUCCCAGCCUGGCACUCUGUUAUGGUCACUACCCUGGCUUCAUGCUCAAGGACCAGGACUCUGAGAGGGACCUGCAGCACCACCUUCUUACACCCUCUUUUCAGACUUGGUGUGCAAGGUCUGCACAGUAAGCAAUUCCUUAUUGUCCCUUAGGUUUGCUGGGUGACAGUGGACAGUACCCUCUAAUGGGCAUCUCUUUAACUCCUCCUUCCCUCUAGAGAUGUGUGAAGCUGUAGGAUGUUGUAUUUGCCUUACAGAGCCCUGACAAUGGGUUGUCAUUACCCAUGGACAGCUCUGGAGGGCUCCAGCUGACCCUUGGGUAGGGCACUGAGCUGCUACCUGCCCAUCCUGCCUCCCUCCCUCCCAGGAUCUUGAUUUUGUUCCCCAUAGGCAACAUCUUACGUGGUCCAUCAGCUGCUGCUCCCUGUCCAGAUGGACUCUGUGGGCACCACGAGGUGGGUACCUGUCUCUGACGGAGGCUGUGCUCGUGCAAGCUUAGAAACGUCACCUGUGUGCUCCUGACCUGAUGAUUGAGCUGUCGGGUGUCUGAAUGAAUCUUCUUGGUCUGUAAACCUAAUGUUCUCUAAUAGUUGGGGUGAGUCUGGCUGAACGUUUCUAUGGUUUCCUGGUGGUUGCUAAGGAAAAGGAUCGCUCUGCCUCUGGAUCUUGGUGACUUUCUUUUUGCCCUGUCUUAGGUACUGGAGCCCAGCAGAACAUAAUGCUUGUUGUUUCCCAGCCCACUACAAUGGUCAGGGCAUAAUUUGUGACUCCUGUCACGGCUGGGCUGGGCGCCUGCCACUCUUUUUUUCUAAGGCCUCUUUGAAGAAUGAGACCAAAGAGCCUUCAUGCAGGCGUUUGCAUGUUUGCUGCGCUCCCUGCCCCCUUGCUUGCUGUUUCCUUUAGAGCUCCAAGUCAUUUUAACGAUUUAUUUCAUGCACUUUACAUAGCAAGAAGCUGUAGAAGCAGCUGUGUCCAUGAAUCCUUACCAGGCAGCCCUCAGUAUAUUUUGGUCUGUCUACGUAUUGUCCCAGGCACAGUUAAAUAAAUCUCUGCUGGAGGAAGGGACUUUACAGCUCAGCAGCAAAGGGCUGGCGAAUGGGAAUAUAAACAAGAUACUUAGUGAGCUGCUGGAUCCUGGAAUAACAGCGCCUCUGGGAUAAAGCUCUGUUCCCACCAGCACAGCUGGGGGCCAGAUCCAGUGCGGGCUCUUUGUUGCUGUCAGCAGGGACUGCGUCUCCAUCCGGCGCCCAGUGAUAAUAUUAUAGUUACGGGGUGAAAGUUGGACCCAAACCUGCAGACUGGAAGCAGUUAUAACUGUCUAGGCCAGAUGCUGCCCUUGUCACCCUGCUGUCGAUCCAGGCCUCGGGUGUUGAACAUGAUGGGCUCAUUUCCACGGGUGCCAUUUGGGAUCUGGGCAUGGAUGAGCUCAGCUGGGUUCUGCAGAGGCUUGGAGCUGCACGCAGCACUGGGCAGCAUUCGAUCCGUCAGGGCAUCACAGGAUUCACAAGUUUACUUUUGCAUAUGGGAUCAAAGCUUAAAAUAUCAGCUGGCCUUUCUCUUGCUCCUGACUUUUCUAAAACAUCUGAACAAUUUCUUCUUUAGCUCUGUUAAAAUCAAUCAAUCUGACAUUUAAAUUGUAUGUGAAUUUGAUAAAUAAAGACAGGUUACAAAA